GAGCCCGGCAGGGCAGGUGCUCGGGGCCGCGCGGCUCGUCCCGGUCGGAGUGUCGGCACCCAGCGACCUGCCACCUGCUCCUUCGGGGAGUCGGUGCUUCAGACACACCGCAGUGCAUUUCCCAAUUCAAGAGCAGCAGCUGCCUUGCAAGGAGAAGCCGCAGUGGGAAGUGCGGUGGCCAGGGCGGGACCCGCCUAGCAAUCGUCUAUCAGCCCAGAACCUUUGUCCGGAGAAUGAUGGAAACCGAGGCAGAGACCCGUAUUGGAGCACUGGACUGAGCUCCCAAGGUCCAGUUGAAGAGUGGAAGAAAUGAGAAUAUGAGCAAAGAGGUCAAGACCAUGAUGGGUUCACCCACUGAAACAGUCUACCCGAGGUGUGAUGGAGAAGAAGGUUUAUUGUAGAUAUGAGGAAGAGAACAGCCAAACAGCCAGAGGCGUUUGAAAGAGUUCAAGGUGGACAUGACCAGCAGACUGAGCUGGACUCUGUGAGCAUUUGAAAAACUUUGGGCUCUCUGAUGAUGGCGUCAAGAAAAGUCUGGAGUAUGGGAAGGAGCUUCCUCUUUGGUUCACGCGGUUGGAUGAUCCAGUAUUCAACAGAAGUUUCUCUCAAGUCGGUUUCAUUUCGGCCCUGUAGUGUGAAGCGUGACAGUAAAGACAGGGAGCCUUCGGAGAAUGAGGACCUGCUGAACAACUUACUCACCAUGGGAGUUGAUAUUGACAUGGCAAGGAGACGGCAGCCUGGGGUUUUCAACAGGGUGGUUACGAAUGAGCAGGACCUGAGGACAUUCCUUCUGUCCAAAGGAGCGAGUGACAAAGUGAUUGGUAGCAUCAUCUCAAGGUACCCACGAGCCAUAACACGGACUCCCGAAGGUCUUUCAAAGCGGUGGGAGCUGUGGAGGAAGAUUAUGGCAUCAGACCUUGAAAUUGUAAAUAUUUUGGAGCGUUCUCCUGAAUCCUUUUUUCGGUCUAACAACAACCUAAACUUAGAGAAUAAUAUAAAGUUCCUCUUCUCUGUUGGACUGACCAAUAAAUGUCUCUGCCGACUGUUGACCAGGGCUCCUAGAACCUUCUCCAAUAGCCUGAAUUUGAAUAAACAAAUGGUUGAAUUUUUGCAGGAGAUCGGUGUAUCCUUAGGUCACAACGAUCCCACAGAUUUUGUCAGGAAGAUAAUUUCUAAAAAUCCUUCCAUCUUAAUUCAGAGCACGAAACGGGUGAAAGCUAACAUUGAGUUUUUGCAGUCAACUUUCAGCUUAAACACGGAGGAUCUGCUGCUUCUGGUGUGUGGCUCAGGAGCUAGAAUCCUAGAUCUUUCCAACGACUGCAGCAAAAGAAACUAUGCAAAUAUCCACGAGAAGCUGCUCUCCCUCGGGUGCACCGACGAGGAGGUACAGAAGUUUGUCCUGAGCUAUCUCAACAUGAUCUUCUUGUCAGAGAAAAAGUUUAAUGAUAAAAUAGACUGCCUAGUGGACGAAAAGAUCAGCGUUUCACAAAUAAUCGAAAACCCUAGGGUUUUGGAUGCAAGCAUAAAUACUUUAAAAACCCGAAUCAAAGAGUUGGUACAUGCUGGGUAUGAUCUGAGUUCAUCAAACAUUGCUCUCCUGUCCUGGAGUCAGAAAAGAUACAAAGCUAAACUGAGACGAUUAAAUGGGUAGAGGACAGUGCUGGAGGGGUCUCAGGAAACCUUGCAGUCUAGUGAUAUUUCAAAAAGCAAAAGUUUUGUUUUUUAAAAUAUUUUCAAAAUGUCUAAGAAUACAUUUAUUUGUAUAUGUG